ACAACAUUCAUGCAGAUGAAUAUGAUUGUCGGAAAAAAUACCCGAAAAAACGAUUGCAGAUUUUUGUCAUUUAAUUCCCUCCAAAUUUCUUCAUUCUUUUCUUGAUCAUUUCUCCAUUUUAUAUCACGCCCGCUUGUUAUUGUGGGUGUGAUUCCUUUUUUAAUUUCCUUCUUUAAUUACUACACAUUUCAUGAAACAAUUACUAACGAGGGAGCAGUUAUUAUUUUGAUUGGAAAAAAUAUAUAAAAAAAGUUGAAAAAUGGGUGGAGGUGGAGAAGAUGAAGGAGAAGGAUCAUUGGAAUUUACACCAACGUGGGUUGUUGCUGCUGUUUGCACCGUCAUUGUUUCCAUUUCUUUAGCUCUUGAACGCUUCCUCCAUUAUACUGGAAAGCAUUUGAAGAAGAAGAAACAGAAGCAUCUUUAUGAAGCCUUACAGAAAGUUAAAGAAGAGUUGAUGCUGUUGGGGUUUAUAUCCCUGCUGUUAACGGUAUUUCAAGGUCGCAUUGUCAAAUUCUGUGUGCAUCAAGAUGUUGUAAAACACUUACUUCCUUGCUCGUUAUCGUUGGAGGCAAAUUCAUCUUCGUCUCAUGAAUCGACUCCUGCUAGUCCGCAUUCACAUCACCAUCGGCAUUUGCUUGUAGAAGAAGCGGCUGUUGUUGGUUAUUGCCAUCACAAACACAAGGUCCCGUUACUAUCUCUUGAGGCGUUGCAUCACCUUCACAUUUUUAUUUUUGUCCUAGCUACUGUGCAUGUGACUUUCUCUGUUCUGACUAUUGUAUUUGGAGGAGCAAAGAUACGUCAAUGGAAAUACUGGGAGGAUUCAAUCGUAAAAGAUAAUUAUGAGUCUGAGCAUGAUUAUCUGAGACCAUCAGUUACACAUGUUCAUGAACAUGAUUUCAUCAGGAAUCGAUUUCAGGGUAUUGGUAAACAAUCAGCCAUUUUGGGUUGGGUGCACUCUUUCUUUAAGCAAUUUUAUGCUUCUGUCAACAAGGAAGACUAUAGAGCACUUCGUUUGGGAUUCAUAAUGACACAUUGCAGGGGAAAUCCAAGAUUCAAUUUUCACAGGUACAUGAUACGUGCACUGGAAGACGAUUUUAGGACAGUUGUUGGUAUCAGUUGGUAUCUUUGGAUAUUCGUAAUCCUCUUCUUGUUGCUUAAUAUUAAUGGUUGGCAUACCUAUUUCUGGAUUGCUUUCAUUCCUUUUAUUGACAUGAUCACCUUUCGUGAUAGUUGCAUGGUACUUGUGUCAGAGGAGGAGCCACGUUUUGAAGCUUAUGGAUUUCUUAAGACAAAUACAUGGUUUGAACCAAAAUUACUGGGUUCAGCCGAACCUAUAGCUCGUGUGCUAGCUCCGCCCCUGGCUUGUGUUCAAGUCAUGACCAAAAUACUACUUCUGCUUGCUGUGGGCACAAAAUUGGAGCAUGUGAUUAUACAGUUAGCUCAUGAAAUUGCUGAGAAACAUGUAGCAGUAGAAGGUGAAUUGGUUGUACAACCUUCUGAUAGUCACUUUUGGUUCGAUCGCCCUCAAAUCGUCCUCUUCUUGAUACAUUUUAUUCUCUUCCAAAAUGCUUUUGAAAUAGCAUUUUUCUUCUGGAUUUUGUUCCAGUAUGGCUUUUACUCCUGCAUAAUGGGAAAAUACGUGUUCGUUACCCCUCGGCUUGUCAUAGGGGUAUUCAUUCAGGUUUUAUGCAGCUAUAGCACAUUGCCACUUUAUGCUCUAGUUACACAGAUGGGCAGUCAUUAUAAGAAGUCAAUGUUUGAUGAUCAUGUUCAAGCUUGCCUUAUAGAAUGGGCUGAGAAGGUGAAAAAGAAGAAGGCACAAAAGGCUGCUAGAGAUGGUUCUAACCAUUCAACUGAUGAUGGCUUUACUAUAGGAUCACCAAUGUCUGUACAUGGGUCCAAAGAAUCUCCAAAUGGGGUUUAGCUGACACUUAUAUACUAGCUGAAAAAUUCAAUCUUCUAAAAUCAGAUGUAUGAUAAUAGUGCUAGAUUCUGCAUAACAGUUUAGAUUUUAGUUCCUCUUAAUAAAUACUGUGUUGUCACUAAGCUGAUGUAGGGUUUUUUUGUAUAUAUUCCCUCGCCAGCUUAAUGUUCAAUGAAUUAAAAUAUUUAGUUUACACUGUC